AUGACACCCACCAUGACACAAUUCAACUUAAUCAAGUAUACUAUUAGAUAUAGUUAUUAUGAUCAAGUGCAAACAGUUUGUGCAAUUUGCCUUGCCAGCAUUAAAUAUGACAUAUCAAAAAUGCUCCGACAAAUAAACAUCAGGCCUGAAGACUCCAACAAAUUACGUAUAGUUUGGAGGAAAAAUAAAUCGGACCAACUGGAAGAAAUGCGAUCAACAGGACUAUAG